GUCCUCCAGCCUCCGGUGGAACAUUUCGAUUAUUGGCGAACCUGAAACGAUCUUGUCUCAGUGAUGGAGUACCACUUGGACCAGAACCGUCGUUCUUUGAUCUUUCGAUCAUUUUUUCACACAACGACAGCAUUAAUUAUAAUUUAACUCGGCUCGAUAUAAGUACAGACUAUAUUCGGAGUGUUACAUUUUGAAUCGCGCGAGCAUUUAAAGGCGGGAUUUUUGAACAAGGCAUUAUCAGCUCUGGGCCCAAGAUGUCCGUCUUGAGAUCUCGUCAACGAUGGAACGUUCAGGCGUCAGAUAUAGGAAGGAACACACACAACCCCAUACGAUCCAUUGUGGAGAACAUCGUGAUCGAGCCAAAUUCUACGAAAUCCAUGAUCUCAUUAUCUAUUGGCGAUCCAACAAUAUUUGGCAACUUGAAACCACCAAAGGAAGCGAUUGAAGCUGUUCAAGAGAGCCUUGCUUCUGAACUGUAUAACGGAUACGCUCCAAGUACAGGUUAUCAGAGAAGUAAGGAAGCCGUUGCAGAAUACAGUUCUAAUGAAUUUGUGAAAGUGAAACCUGAGGACGUGAUCCUUUGCAGCGGAUGUUCUUGCGCGUUGGAUCUCUGCAUAACAGCUUUAGCACGAGAAGGCCAGAAUAUCUUGAUACCACAACCUGGAUUUUCGAUCUAUCGAACCCUGGCAGAAGGUCUCGGGAUCACCGUAAAAUCAUACGAUUUACGUCCUGAGCUUAACUGGGAAAUUGACCUAGAUGACUUGGAAUCGCAAAUUGACGAAUCGACAGCAGCCAUCAUUAUAAACAAUCCUUCCAAUCCGUGCGGAUCUGUGUUCAGCAGGGAUCAUAUACUCGACAUUCUCGACGUGGCCGCCCGUUACUAUGUCCCAAUUAUAGCCGAUGAAAUUUACGAAUACAUGGUUUUUCCUGGGCGGAGUUUUUAUCCAUUGGCGUCGUUAUCAAGCGAAGUUCCUAUAUUGUCCUGCAGCGGCCUGACAAAAAGAUUUUUAGUACCAGGUUGGCGUAUGGGCUGGAUAAUCAUCCAUGAUCGUGAAAACGUUCUAGAGAAAGAGAUAUGAAAAGCUCUACACUGCCUCAGCCAGAGAAUUAUCGGUAGUAAUACGAUCAUACAGGGUGCUUUACCUGCUAUUUUGAGAAACACUCCGCAGACUUUCUACGACGACGCCAUCCAUACUUUAUACAAUCAUUCUAAACUGGCGUACGAUUGUGUCGUGAAAAUUCCUGGAUUAAAACCGAUAAUGCCAACGGGAGCAAUGUACAUGAUGGUUUACAUAGAUCUACUCUCUUUUCCGGAAUUUAAUUCGGAUCUGGAAUUUGUGCAACGACUACUAAUGGAGGAGUCCGUGUUUUGCCUUCCAGGCCAGUGUUUCGAUUAUCCGUCCUACAUGAGACUGGUCAUUACGGUGCCAAUGGAUAUGUUGGACGAGGCUUGUCACAGGAUCCAGGAGUUUUGCGAAAAACAUCAUUACAAAACCGCCGAAGCUGUACGGAGGAACAAUUUGGCCGACACAGAAAUUCCUUACUGAAACGAAACGCGCUUACAAUGUUAACGAAACAAAGUUCUAACUUGCCAGUAACAAAGGCCUACGAAAGAA